ACCAGCGGAUCAGUUUUGCUGUGUCCUUCACCUUGUGUUCUUUCGUAUUUGAAGGCUGCACAACAAGCCUGAGCCUCCGAACUUGUCUCUACUGCGUCUAGGUUGUUCCGUGAGGUUCUUGGAAAUUACUGAACAAAAUGAUCCAUAGGAGACUGCUGGUGGUCGCGGGCGUUCUGGCGUACCUGGGCGUGGGAGUAAUGACAGUAGACCCACCCGUCAACCCCUGGCAGGCCAUCAACCCCGCGCUUGGAGAGAACACUCCCUAUGACGCCCUUCAGACUAACCCAGAUGUCGAACCAACCUACGCUGAGACCGACAGUAACACCGACCUGACACCUGAAGAAGAGGCACUUAUCUCCGAAUUACCCUUUAAGUUACCUUUCAAGAUGGACAAGAAACAGUUGGCUGUGGCUAUGAAGCUCCUGAAGGCGGCGAUCAAACCCGUCAUCAAGAGCAAGACGCUGCGAGAGACGGUGGCUUACCUGGACGCUCUGUUUGGCUUUUAUAGCGAAGAUUUGGAAGCACAGAUGUACAUGACCCUCCUGCUGGACUCUCUGCAGGACAUGUACGAGGGCAAGGAGGCAGCUCAGUUGCACAAGUUAAUGAAGGGCUUUUUCACUGACAUUACCGGUGACGAGGCUACCGCUCGCUCCAUCGACGACAUGUGGAGGUCAACACUGGAGCUGAUGUACGACCCCGUCAAGGAUUACUUCUUCCGCCCUGUCAACAACUACCUGGUGGAGCCGAUCAGCAGCGCCGUCUCUGGCUUCGCUGAGCGUAUCGGCAAAUGGAUGGGUGGCAACAGCAACACGAAACACUACGUCAAUGUGCAGUAUCCUGAGUCUUACUCCAGGUGGAGCGAAACGGUGAGUUCUUACGCCAACCGACUGUCAGACUGGACUGCUCAGGCUCGUCAAGGUCUGGAGAUGGCUGCCAGGAUGCUGGAGGCACAGGACAUGGCUCGCUCCUGCUCUGGUAACUGUCAAACCCAAGUAGCCGCCGAUGACAGCACCCACGCUCUCAAGGUAUUGGACCUGACGUGGCUGGCGUGGUUGAGCGGAGGUCUCUUGCUGGUGCUGGCCGCAGGUAUAGUCGCUCCCGCAAUUGCAAUUCCCUUGGGAAUCGCAAUUCCCCUGGGCAUUGAUGGCACGGGUUUCACGGGAACUGGCACUGGUUUCACGGGUACUGGCACUGGUUUUACUUCGCCUGUGUUCGUGCCUGUGCCCGGAGUUGCACCAACACCCGGAUUUGGGACUGCACCUGCAUUUGCGACCGCAGGUGGACCCGCAUUUGCAACAGUAGGCGGACCUGCAUUUCCAACAGCAGGAGGACCUGGAGCCGGACCUGCAUUUCCAACAGCAGGCGGACCUGGAGCCGGACCUGCAUUUCCAACAGCAGGCGGACCUGGAGUCGGACCUGCUUUUUCAACAGCAGGAGGACCUGGAGCCGGACCUGCAUUUCCAACAGCAGGCGGACCUGGAGCCGGACCUGCAUUUUCAACAGCAGGCGGACCUGGAGUCGGACCUGCUUUUUCAACAGCAGGAGGACCUGGAGCCGGACCUGCAUUUCCAACAGCAGGCGGACCUGGAGCCGGACCUGCAUUUCCAACAGCAGGCGGACCUGGAGCCGGACCUGCAUUUCCAACAGCAGGCAGACCUGGAGUCGGACCUACAUUUCCAACAGCUGGAGGACCUGGAGCCGGACCUGCAUUUGUGACUGCAGGAAGAAUUGGACGCAGUCCUGCAUUUAUGACUGCAGGCAGGCAUAUAUCAUCACAAGAAAACGGAGAUUCUGGACUUCCUGUGGUCUCUAACACUCAGCCUCACAAAACCCAUCCUUCCCUCUCCCCCUACGACCAUCUCAGCCACACUGUUGAGACUGAUUAUUCCAAUUUGGAAUCAAGUAACACCCACGUUAAGUUUGGCGACAACGAUGUCUACAAGUACUACACCAAACACAGGUCUCCGUGAAGCAGCGCGCCCGCUCCAUCUCCCCACGUGGAGUGAACCCAAAUAAUUAUCAUCUCGUAGUCACAGCCUCUGGUGAGGUUCCAGCUGGUUCUGGAAUACUUACAUCUCUUUACAAUCAAAGCCUAAAAUUUCUAAAGUUACCAUAUCCUACAAACAUGUAGAAAAGCCUUAAGACUUUCACAUAAUGAGUCUAACAAUGGUUCAAUGACCCUUAAUUUGAUUAACACAACAUUUCAAAUUAUUGUAUUUAAAUUUCAAGAUGGAUGUCGAAUUUUGCUUUUGGUAUUCACCUCAUUUCUCUCUCAUCUUUUGUCCCGUUAUCAAUUUUUGCCGGGUAAAUUUAGUCUUCGUUAUUUUUGUUUUUAUUAAUGGUCAUUAUUUGACGCUAAAUCCCUCUCAUUUACAAUAGUUUAAGCUUAAUUGAACCACUGGCCAGCUUUUCUUGCAUAGCUGCAGGUUUCAGCUCACCUUUCUUCUCUCGAUUUUUGCAAUCAUCGUCCCUUUCAGUUAAUCAGACUAUCAGAAUGUGAGGUGAUACAUUGAAUCAAAUCUUACACUUACCGUUACUGCCACCGUUUGUUUGCUGUUGUCAAGAUAGAGAGAAGCUUAUCCUUGUGCAGCGUUUAUCUUUAUCUUUACCUCAUUAGAUAUUUUGAGCAACUUUGAUUGUGGGAGUUGAAGAUCACUAUUCUUCAGAAGUGCCCAGAUGUAUGUAGCUCUUUAGAAUUAAGACCGUAGUUACUUAAUUGACACAAGACUGAUUUUUCAAGUCUUUCUCAUACUAUAAAUACAAACAUAUAGUAAUAUAUACAUAAACACACACACACACACACACACACACACACACA